AUGAAAGGGGUCGAGCGCGUCUUCCACCGGAGUAUGCGGCGUGGCGCGUACUUCGCAGCAGGCAAUGGCUCAGCGGUAAUCCACAUGCAGCGCUUCUCUUCACCGAGCACUGAAGCGUUUUCUGGGUCGAGUGCGAUGCCUAGAAGUCACGCAACGCGCGUUUCUAUCGCCAUGACGUUGGCUGUGGGAGGCGCUUUACUGGCUCUUGCCGUUGAUAACGAGGCCCAGAGCAAGCAGAACGAAGACGCGGAAAUUGAUGAAAAAGCAGAUGGGUACACUGUGAAUCCGAUCCAGCAUGUCGCAGCACUGCUGCGUCUGUACGAGCAGAUUGACCAGAACAUGAGUGUCUUUGCUGCGCGGAUGUUGGAGGACCUGGAAAAGCGCGUCGAGCAGGAGAAGAAGGAACACGGCGGUAAACUGAAGCUGUCGCCGGGUCAACGUGCUCUUCAAAUGAGUAUGGAAUUCGAGUCGACGCUGGAGAAGGUGCAGGACGCAGUCUUUCGCAACAAUUACGUGACCAAGAAGCAGGUGCAGGAAGCCAUGCAGCAGCUCGUGUCAGGCACGUUGAAAGGCGGAGGUUUGGAUGGAAAAAUAUCGGUUGCUGAAGCAGAGACGAUUGACGACUUUGUGAGGAAGCUUGGACGUCUGCGAUGGAAAGUGACGGGCUCACGCGAGCCGCUGAUCCGUGGCACAAAGGCGGCGCGGACGGUGCCAGGAGUCAAGCCUAGCGUUGAGGUAUCGGCGGUGAUACGUGUAAUGGAGGAGCUGAUCCCGUCACUGACGAGCGAGAUGGAAACGAUCGUUACGGAGCUGCGCAAGCAGAAGCUGACAGGUGUAGAAUUCCACCACCAACUUUCCCAGCAGUACAUCAAGGCGUCUGGAGUAAUGACCGAAAAGAUCUGCGAGAAGUUCGAGCUAGACCCGAAAGCUUUUCAAGCUGCGCUGAUGUACUACGAAGACAAUGCCUUAGUCGAAAAGGCACUGGCAAAGCUCGCUGCGCAACAGCAGAAGAGGUUCAAGGAGCUUGGCUUGUAA